AUGUCUCUCCGCGAUCUCAUGCGGUAUCAUCGCGAGCUAUUUGUCUGUCCGGUAUUCUGGAUUGCUCGCCAUCUAGAUCUCACAGGCUGUCGAUUUGAACGCAUUAAGAAUAAUGCAGCUGAUGGCUCAGAAGAGGAUACCAGGAGAUCCUCCCGGGAUGCCUUACUCAUUGAACAUCCCCUAGAGGACUGCUUUACUCCCACCGGAAGACACCUCUGGUUCAUCAAUACCCUCUUGUAUAGGGGGUCCCCCUUCUAUGAACACCGAAAAGGAACCCCCUUCUUCUUCAAAAACACCCGCAUCCACCAACCACAAUACACGACCUUCGUGCGCUGCGACCAAACCCCCGAGGAUAUUCUGCGCGGCUCCCCCCCCGUCGUCAGCUACUUCGAAUACACGAGCGUGAUCUAUGACCGGGAAACUCGAUUUUCCCUACCUCUAGAUCCGAGUGGUCGUCCGGACAGCAUUAAAGUGAGGAUUAACCAGAAACUGGUUGCGGCAAUCACGCCGAAGAAGUGGACGCAGGAUCCGUAUAUCUGCAGAUUGUUCGUCACGAAUGUGCUGGAAAGGAAGUAUGUCCACUUAUUCGAGGCGCGGAUUAGCGUCGAGUUGAUUGCGGCGCUGAAGGAUCCGGAUCGUGCGGCGAAGUAUGUCGCGUGGCCGACGAUUCAACAUCGGAGGUUGCCUUAUAAGCCGUAUGAGACGUUUACGGAGCGGUUGGUGGCGGCAUUGGUGGCGCCUGUACCGGGGUGGUCUGCAACCGUCACCGAGAGUAGAACUCGUGGUGGUAUCAUUCCUGCGAAAAGGAAGCGGGAAGAGGUGUGA